UGACUUUCUCUUUCUCCUCCCCCUCCCUCCUUGUCCCAUCCCCCGCUUUCAUUCACAUUCAUUUCAUCUCUUUUUGAAUCCAUCCGUUUAUCCUACGACGCGUGGUCGAGACCAAGAGUCAGCCUUCUGCACUGAGGCCGAGUCAAGCAACUGUUAGCAGAAAGAUAAUCCACUCUACUUCUUUUCUUACACCGUCCCAGUCCACCACGACUACCAGUACCGUACUCAACAUGGACGCCUAUUCACAACUACAAGGACAAGGACAAGAACAAGAACAAGGACAAGGGCGAAGGCUAGGCGACCUGGGGCCUCAGCAGCCACAGCAGCAGCAGCAGCAGCAACAUACAUCACGACAUCGCCAUGUCUCUGCACCUGUGCAGCAAUCCCAGAACCUGUCGAGUUUCCAGGAAGGCAUGCGGCAGGACUCGGUCGUUGUGAAUGCAGCGGCCGCCUUGAAUGUGCCCAUGGAAGGGUCAAAAGGACCCGAGUAUGAUCAGGACUCGCUGCUACAGAGCCAUCCCCUCAGCAACCUACCGAUUCAGCAGCAAUACCAACAGCACCAUCCGCUGAUGCAUUCAGACCGGAGCACAGGCCACGUCGGCAUCAUGAUUGAUGACCAUCAGGGUCAAGACCACAAACAAAGCCAUGGAGGCAAUGACCACGCACAAGGCGACGCCAGUCUUAUGUUCGAGCAGGGACACACCCCGUCAGGUUCACCGCUAACCGGUCACCGAAGCCAGGUCCAGCCAGAGCUCUUGCCAUCGUCUGCGGUGGACCAUUCCUCUCGAGGAUCCCAGAACCCAGGAGUGUUCCAGCAGGGUUACUCGCAGUACCACGGCCAGCUUCCAGGCGCAACGUUAUCCCGACACCUAUCCAUCCAGCUGUCACCCAACGCCACGCUACUGCCUCCACCGCCUCCAGCGCUUCAGUCUGGGUCCCAUGCUUUGCAAUCGCCGUAUUUGAUGGACGGAUCGCAAGGGGACUCGUCGCCGCAGGGAAGGGAGUAUGUGAUGCCUCCGUCAAAUACGACUUCAAACCAGUCCAUGGGGUCAGCGGGGUCAGCGGGGCGCGGUUUAUUUCAGUCCUCUUCGCAGCAGAUCCAACCACAGCAGCAUCUUUACCAGCAACAACGGCAGCCGCAGAGUCCGUCCCAGCAAUCCGUCGCGGUACCUCCACCUCCCGUGAAGUAUAUUCGAUCGCCUAUGCGUUCACCAAACAUGCCCCAGAUGUCGUCGCAAGCGAUGGCACACGCCCAGGCGCAAGCGCAAGCACAGGCACAGGUACAGUCCCAGUAUCGUCACCAUGGCUCUCAUCAGCACCGCUCGCCGAUGGCUCAUAGUCAGCAGCACUUUCCUCCGAGAACCCAUCGACGGAGUAUCCAGCCUUUGACCUUGGACCAGCAACAGCCCAAGGGCGGCUCAUUCCGUUAUGUGCGGAAUCAGGCUGACCUGUGGCCUCAGAAGGGUUCUCAAAAGUAUCGCUCGAUCGACGCUUACGGACACAGCAUCAGUCCACUGAGGGCGCUCACGGAGCUUUUGACAAAGACAUACUCGCACUGCAACAGGGACUUCAAGUAUGAGCCCUCAUACAAUCCGCGCAGGGUGCUGACGAAGCCCUCGAAGCCAAUGCAUAACGAGGGCUACGAUAAUGAAGAUUACGACUACAUUUUGUAUGUCAGUGAUAUAUUGGGCAGUGAGGAGAGGCAAAGAUAUAUCAUCCUGGACGUGCUCGGCCAAGGUACAUUCGGGCAGGUCGUCAAGUGUCAGAACUUGAAGACCAACGAGAUCGUGGCGGUUAAAGUGAUCAAGAACAAGCCUGCGUACUUUAACCAGAGCAUGAUGGAAGUAACGGUGCUGGAGUUGCUAAACGAGCGAUACGACGUAGACGAUCGACAUCACAUUUUGAGGCUCCGGGACACGUUCAUCCAUCGACGACAUCUGUGCCUGGCCUUUGAGCUGCUCUCAGUUAAUCUCUAUGAGCUGAUCAAACAGAACCAGUUCCGAGGCUUGAGCAUGAGUCUGGUUCGCGUGUUUACUGCCCAGCUCUUAGACGCGCUCUGUGUUCUGAACGAAGCGCGAAUCAUCCACUGCGAUCUCAAGCCCGAGAACGUGUUGCUAAAAAAUCUGGAGACGCCUACGAUUAAGGUGAUCGAUUUUGGAUCUGCCUGUCACGAACAGCAAACGGUGUACACCUACAUCCAGUCGCGUUUCUACCGAAGCCCUGAGGUUCUUGUUGGUUUGCCUUACUCCUCUUCGAUUGAUAUCUGGUCUGUGGGAUGCAUAGCAGCAGAGCUGUUCCUGGGUCUUCCACUCUUUCCAGGAAGUUCCGAGUAUAACCAGCUGUCUCGCAUUGUAGAGAUGCUCGGAAUGCUUCCAACAUACAUGCUGGAUAUCGGCAAGACUGCGCACGAAUUUUUUGAGGUGGUCCGGCCAGAACAUUUGGGUCACAACUAUAGCCGUCCUCCACCUAAGAGAUACCGGCUAAAGUCCAUGGAGACCUAUUCGAGAGAGCAUGGCGUUAUAGAGCAGCCUAGCAAGCGAUACUUCCAAGCGACAACCCUACCAGAUAUCAUCAACAGUUAUCCUAUGCUCAAGAAAGGCAUGACCCCUAAAGAGAUUGAAAAAGAAACUAUGAAUCGGCAAUCUUUUAUAAAUUUCCUCCAAGGGCUCUUGAACCUGAAUCCGAUUGAGCGAUGGUCUCCUCACCAAGCCAAGCUUCAUCCUUUCAUCACAGGAGAGCCAUUCACGGGAACUUUCAUUCCACCAACGAUACCUAAAAAGCCCUCGACGGCUGAAAACUCUGCGCGACUCGAACCUACAUUGCCAGGAAGAACCAAUAAGACACGGUCGACUUCCCUUUCCGCAUCCUCUUCUGCCCCAGCCUUUACGCCAUCCUCAAUAGCUAACGACAAGCCGGCAGGGCCACGACAGAAUUCCAAGGCCGAUCCGCCGUCAGGCAGCAGCAGCUUGAUUCCAAUGGCUAUCCAACAGCAGGACUCAAAAGACGAUGCGGACCUUAUAGGAGCUCCAGGGCGCCUACUACUAUCUGCUCUCGGAGGAUCCGCAGCACCGUCUAGCGAGAACUCUGGGGAUUCGUCCGUGACGGAUGUCUCAUCACUGAACGCAUCUCCAGCAGCACCUGCGAUCAAUGCCACUGGAACCUUAGCAGCUACUGUAGGAGCAGCAGGUUCUAGUGGAGUAGCAUUUGCAUCGGAUACGUCCGCCCGAGGUUUAUCUGAAGCUCAGACCAAUACGAUCCAGCCCCAGUCAGGUCCUCAUCACCACCAUCACCAUCACCAGCAAAGACCAAGGGCGACGACAAUGGGUACGGUCGAGGUCCCAAAGAACAUGGCUCAACUGGCGGCGGCGAUGACGCCUCAGCAGGGUCAAGGGAGCGGCAUCAGCGGAACGUCGAGUCUCUCCCACCGAGUCGGGCCAAAUGACCCAGCUAUAGGUGUAUUUGAGUCAUCCUCACCGUUUUCGGCUAGUCUGGGUACACUUGGAGGUGGUUAUGGACUUCGUCAGAUCCCCGAAAGGUCAGAGCAAAACUCACCUGUACUUGAUGGCUUGACAAGUGCAGGCAGCGGUGAGAGUAGCCGGAGCAGUUCCAGUGGUCCUGUCCAGCAAUCUUUGCAAGAGUCGAGACCAGCACAGCAACAUCUUCAGCAGACACGACAGUACCAACAGCAACCACGCCGUCAUCUUCAUCGAAGUGGCAGUGAUGCGGGCGUCAAACUCGGCGCCGCGCGUUCGCUCAGAGGCAUGGUGGAAGGGACAAACAGCAAUGGUUCUCGAAGGACUAGUGGAUACUUGCAGGGCGGCAACUUUGCUGGACAGACAUCACAUAAUGUAUUUGGAACGACCACGAGCAGUCAGGAACUGACGCCUUUGGAGAGAAUGCAGCAACAGCUGAUACAGAGCCAGUCGCAGCAGCAGCGACAGCAACAACAGCGGCAGCCGCCCCAUCGUCAUCGCUACCACUUUGGGUACCCGCAGUCGGGCUCCAGUCCUAGUGAGAACUCAGCAAGCAGUGCAGUGGACAGCAACCGCAGCAGCUGUCAGGGCUUUUUGAGUGAACCAGAGUUCAAUGGGGAGGGAGGGUCAUUGAGGCAGAUGGACCUGGACAGCCGACAUGGGGGGAGUAGCGGAAGUCCGAUGACAUCUGAAGGAGAUGAUGAUGCUGAGGUCGUGGAUGGACAGUUUUUGCGCGCAGGCAACGAUGGGAAUAAUAGUCUGAGUCCCGGAGGGAUUAGGGGCAGUAGUGCGAGCGGUACAAGCAGCGGUGUAUACAGUCGUAGCCACAGCAGCACGAGUGUCCACAGCCGUAGUGAGGAUGGAGCCGAGUCGCCGAACGUAGAAUCCCUGGAAGAGAAUGCAAUUCUGGCAGGCACGGCUCCUCUGGUCUCACCGCCAAUUGCUGUGGAUAUGGCGAUUGCUCCCACGGAGGUGGAACAAGUUUUGAGUAACGUCGAGGAGUGUGAAGAAGAGGAGGGGGGGGAGGAGGAAGAGACCUCGCAUGCGUUAGGAGGCGACAUGGAAUAUGUCGAGGAACAAGGGAGAGCAGGAGUAGAUACGGGGAUUGAGAAGGCGAUGCAUGCAGAGAAAUCGAACGCGAGGCAAGGAGAACGUCAGUUGCCCGCUGAAGAUGAAGGAUCGACGAAUGUUAUCCAGCAAAACACGAAGCCACCCCAUGGUCAUGAAGAGGAAGAGGAACACAAGGCGCCGUGAAGGUCGACAGGUGGAAGGUAGCAGCGAGGUAGCAGCGAGGUAGCAAUUAUGCGGUUGACUGCAGUUAGGUACCUAGUUUUGAUAGCCAAAUAACCCGAAUGUAUCUGGGAAGUUUCUUUUUGACAUUUUGAUGGCACUUGGGUUACGACGACAGAGUACUUCCUCAUUAAAAACACUGUUAUAUCGCCCAGUCAGAAAAAUGUGACAUAAUCACGCACGGGCCUUUGCCACCACUACCAGCCUUAAGAACUCUUUUCUACACCUCAAAUAUCACCGUCCUUUGUCACCCCUCUUCCAUCUAUCC